GAUGUUUCGCCACCUCUAUAAUUUUUUAGAAGCGGAAAGUUGUGAGCAAAACGCGUGGAAUUGUGCUCAAAACGUCAACAAAAAAUUUGUGAAAAUAAAUGGAAGCAUAGUAUGCGAACGCGCCAAUCGCAGAACUAUGAAAUUCCACCGUGAAACGUGUUAGUUUUGGCUGCAAAAGCACUUUUAACUUACGUUUUCCUAUUAGCGUGUUGGAAAAGAGGAAAACACACACAAUGUAGUAAACGUUCAAAACAACGUCGCGUCGUUACUUGAAUGCUACGAAUCGACAAUGUGCAACAGAACAAAAAAAACAAGUGUCCAAAUGUAUACAAAUCCAAUUGUAUUAUAAAAAUUGAAUUAAAAAGUUCUGAAAGUAAAAACAACGUAGCUCACCGUCAAAUUAAACUGAGUUGUGCAAAAUGAAGUGAAAAUGCAAAAUUAACAUAGUAAACGAAACAACGAAGGAUCGUUUAUAUGAAUACCGUAUCCCCAAAAUACAAGUUGCAACGUACAACGACGGACAACAACGCAAAAUAUAUAGGGCGGGAUUAUCAUCUAUACAAGACAGGAUCAGGUUCACGAUAAGGGUCCAGGUUGCGAAGUAGAGGAAGCAACAGCGAAGGAUCCAGGAAGCAAGCAGAGGAAGUUGUCGAACCUUUCGCAGCGUUAUGAUUGUGAUGGCUGACAAUGUGAUGUGGCACAGAGUUGGAAAUCGUCUAUGCAAAUCGAGCGCGCACCACCGCCUACGCCUACAGUUGUUACCACAGGGAGUGUCAGCCUCCGUCCUCCGUGCCAGAGCCAGAGGUUAUGCUUUGAGCCCCCAAUGUUUUGGGGGCACGUCAACGAAGGACCAACAUCGUCAGCAGGAGCAGAAACUGCAGCAGCAGAACCGGCAGCAACAUGACGGCUUUGCCUGUGAAGUAGUGUUGUGAAAUAGAAACUAAAACAGAAACCGAUACCGAAACCGAACUCUACCAAGCGAGUGAACUCUCAAGCCGAUUAAGGCAUCUUCCCUCUAAACACACGUUUAAUUUUAGUCCGCAGACCGAUCUGCAGCACCAGCACCACCAUGCCCAUGUCCAGCCACGACACGGUCUUCGUGGAGCCCGCCGUCAGCAGCAGUGGCGGCGGAAGCACGAGCAGCAUCAAUCGCGUCGGAGUAGCCGGUGGCCCCCAGCCGCAGCCUCCACACAUCGUCAUCGAUGGCAGCAGUCUCUCUACGCAGGCACAACUGCAGCGCAUCAUGCAGCGUCGCAUGUCGAUCAGUACGCGCCAGAUCCUCACCGCCAGUCAGUCCCAGUCGUUGAAUCCAACGCAAAAGUAUGCAGUGCGUACGGCAGCCGGAACCGGAGCACUGGCCGCAACGUCAGCAACUUCGGCCAGUUCCGGCCAGGAGCUGAUCAAUCCCCAGAUCUACAAGAUUGUGACCACUGACGGUAGCACCAGCAACGUCAUAAUCGACGCCUCGGCUGCGGCGCCGCCGCACAACUCAAAACUCCUGCUUAGCAAUCUCACGGUGCUCUCCAAGCAGGGGCCAGUCCAAGGAGGAGCCGCCCAGCAGCAGCAGCAGAUCAACUAUUUGGGUGCCAAGAGUCUGCCGUAUGUGACGGCAUCGCCGGCAAAGCCGCAACAGCAGCCCCAGAAAUUCGGGAGCAUUAGCGCUUUUAAGGCGCAACAGCAGCAGCCACAUCAUCCGCAUGCCACACUGCAGAAGGUGACUUUGGGCUCCCGCGUCGCCACCCGCCUGCAGUCUUAUGUCCCGGCCACUCCGUCGCAGAUAAUGGUGCAGCCGGCACAACCAAAGUUUGUAAGCGCCACGGCUACAGCGUUGGGUGGGAAUGCAGCUCUUCUAAAGAAGGCCAAUCAAAAGAUCACGGUGAAGAGCGUGGGCAACAUGUCGCAGCAGCAGCAACAACAGCAACAACAACAACAACAGCAGCAACAUCAACUACAAGCCCAGCAACUGAAAACCUUUAUCACGCAGCAGCAGCAACAGCAGCAAACAUACAAGGCGGGGGCCAAGGCAAAGUUUGUUAAACAGACGACUGCCCUGUCCAUUGCUGCCCUGCCCCAACAGCAGCAGCAGCAGCAGCAGGGUACCUAUACCAAACAGCCAAUGGUGUCAACGCCCACGCCCGCCAAGGUCACCAAACUGAACAGCAAGUAUGUGCAACAGCAGAUAAGUCUGCCGCAGGGAACGCAACUGCAGCACAAGACGACGCCGAAUGUUGCCGGAGGAGGAUACCUGCUGCAGCAGACUCAGGCUGCUGGCGGAGGAACCAUCAAGUUUGUCAACUCGCAUGGCACCGUCAUCCAGCAGCAUCCCCAGGCGACGAAGCGCACCCACUACAACAGCAGUAGUAGCAGUGAAAACGAGCAGCAUUCGGCGGCCAACUCCUCACUGAUCACCGACGACGUGAUGAUCGUCAACGGCACUCAGAUGACCGACGAGUUGUCUGCCCGGAUCCUGCAGAGCAUGGCCCAGAAGUCGUUUGGUCAACAGCAGCAGCGAUUUCAGUCGGUGCCAGCCACGGGCAGCAGCAACAUGCCGCCUCCCACCCAGAUCAUUUACAGCAACAGUAGCAGUAGCAAUGGGCCAGCCGCCAGCAGUCCCGGCGGAAAUCCUCCAGGAAAUCUUCUGCUUGCCCACUACCAGGCAGCCGGUUCAAAGCCGGUCUCAUCGGCUUCGUUCCUCACUGUUACGGGAACGCCUCCGGUUACGGUGGCCACCACGCCGUCAGUGAGCAUAUCCUCGCAUGGCUUUGCCAGCGGUAGCGCGGCCAUCUCCUCCUACAUGUCGUCAGCGACGGCGGCGCGCCGUCAAUCGGUUAGCGCGCCCAGCAGUAGAGCAGUGUCCCUGGAACGGAAGCAGCACCAGCAACACCAACACCAGCAGAUGCAGCACGAGGUGAUGAGUGGCGGACGGAAGGCCAUCGAGUAUUACAACAAGCUUGGCGUCAACAGCAUCGUCGGCAGCAGCAGCAGCCUCACCCAAAGUAACAGCAUGAGUAAUCUCGGAGCGCUGCGGAGCAAUAGUGGCAGCGGAUUCGCCACGACCACUCCAACGCCAGCAGCGCCUCUUCACCUGACGCAGCUUAACGUUCCAGUCCACGUGGAUGCCGCACCGCCGUCGUCGCCAGCACUGGUCAAGAUUGCGUCUCAGGCUUCGGCUUCGGCGCAGUCGCAACAACAGUCCUAUCCCUUGGGACACAACCAACUGAAUGCCAACGAUGAGGAGCUGUACAUCGAGGAGGUGCGUCCAGUGCCAGUGCUCACGCAGGAUCUACGCCUCCAGCAGCUGCACGCCAUCAUGCAGGACCACACGUACGCCUCCCAACAACAACAACAACAACAGCAGCAACAGUCUCAGCAGACAACAGGGGAUACCACGAUCCUGGGAGCAGCACAGCAAGCUCAGCAGCCUCAGCAGUGGUCGCUGGGUGGAAUCGGUGUCACGGUGGCCGGUGGUCAGACCACGCCCACAGCUGCAGGCGGAUAUGCCAGCUACUAUGGCCAGCAAAUUCCACGGCAUGUGGCAGAUGAUGAUGCCCACUCAGCUAUCAGCAGCAGCUCCCGCUUGGGACUGACCAGUACAGACAUUGAUCCUGGCGAGGAGACGGAAACGGCACCCGAAGCUGAGGCCGAAGACGACUCCGUGACGCGCUGCAUUUGCGAACUUACCCACGACGAUGGGUAUAUGAUUUGCUGCGACAAGUGCUCGGCCUGGCAACACGUGGACUGCAUGGGCAUCGACCGCCAAAACAUCCCGGAGGAGUAUAUGUGCGAACUGUGUCAGCCACGUGCGGUGGACAAAGCGAGAGCUCAAGCACUGCAGCGACAAAAGCGAAAGGAGCACAUGCUGCUGGUGGCCACGCAAGCGGCCAAUGGAGCUGCAGCCGUGGCGGCAGGAACAACGCUCAGCGUUGGACUCGGUGGUGGAUUGGCAAUGUCUGAGGAACUGCAGCACAGGUUGGCAUCGGGCCUGAAUGGCGGAUUCGCCACGGGUACCGGCAUGUCCAAGAAGACGAAGAAAACCAAAGAGAAUGCGGUUAGUAAUUCCGCCUUGAAGAAAACCAAGAAGAGCGGUGUGGGAAUGGGUGGCGAGAAGAGUGGCAGUGGAGGUGGUGCCACCUCCGGCAGUGGCGGCAAAUCGAGUAAGAAGAGCAGCAAACGCAAGAGCAAGUCCAGCGGCGAUGGAUCGUGUGGCGGAGGCAGUAGUCCCGCUUUGACGGCCGCCGAAAAGCACGCCGCCAACCUGCGCCAGUGGAUCGAGCACUACGAAUAUGCAGUGACCAAUCACUAUUCGCCGGAACUUCGGGCGCGCCUCCAUGCCAUUCAAAAGCAACCCAGCUUGCUCCAAAGCAUACAAAACACGGAGAACAAGGCGUUGCGGCAAAUUCAGCAGCAACUGUCGACGGCCGGCAGUAGUGAGCAGCUUGAGCAACGCGCUCAGCUCAUUCCGUAUGCGGGCGCCAAAGUUCUCAUCAGCAGCAUGGAGUUGGCUCCACAUGCCCCCAUCCACGAGUUACGCGGCAAGUACAUGCUGACCACCCAGUUUCGCACCCAGAAUCCCACCGUCAACAUGAACACGCCGCCGCCCAGCAACUACCUGAAUAGCUUCAAGGCGCACAAGACGCCGGGUCAGUUUGUCUUCUUCUACCAACUUCCCGGCGUGGAGGCGCCCAUGCAAACGCUGCGGCCGGAUGGAAGUGUGCCGCAAGUGACGCAGCAACCGCCCUCUUAUCUCAAAGGUCCGGAAGUGUGUGUGGAUACGCGGACGUAUGGCAACGAUGCCCGCUUCGUGCGUCGCUCCUGCCGGCCGAAUGCAGAGUUGCAGCACUACUUCGAGAAGGGAACGCUGCACUUGUUUAUAGUCGCACUGACGCACAUACGUGCCCAGACGGAGAUAACGGUGCGCCACGAACCGCACGACCUGGCCGCGGUGGAGCAGAAGAAGUCGCACGCUGCCGUCAUUCAGCCCACGAGUACGCGAUGCGCCUGCGACAUGGGCAGUGACUGCCUCUUCGCCCUUCCGCUGGCCGUGCAGCAGCAGCUUCAGGCUCCGCCGGCACAGCCCAGGAGCAGUCAUCGGAACAAGGCGGCUGCAGUGGCGGCGGCCAACAGCGCGGCAGCCAUACAGUUAACCAUGGGAUUGGGCGUGGGUGCGGCGGUGGCGGCUGGAGCGGGUGUUUUGCCCAAUUCCAGGAAUCGUUCCACCUCCUCCAGCGGCGAGAGCAGUCAAAUGGGACUCAAUAGUCCGCAACUUGGGCAGUUGAAUCUGGGCUUCAAGCCCUCGCCGACGGCAGCAUCGCUGACGGCGCCCGUUCCCGGAGUUCACUGCAACAACAGCGGCGGGAGCAGCAGCAGCAGCAGCAACAACUCCUGCUCGGUGUCCAUGUCCAGUGUGCUGCAUGACUCUGGCAUCUGCACGUCCUCCUCGUCGCCCUCGGUGUCCAUUCCCUCGCCCACGCCCACCCAACUGCAGUCGCCGACAUUGCAGCAUCAUUCGCACCAGGUGCCGCAGCAGCAAUUAUCGCUUUUGCAGCGGAGUCCCACUCAACAGCAUCAGCAGCAGAUCCUUGCUGCGUUGCCCACGCCUAUGCUCACGCCGAUGCUUUCACCGCAGUUGCCCAAACCGGUGCAGCAACAGCAGCAGCCGCAUCAGCAGUCACAUGUUGUGUUGCCAUUGCCGCGGCAAUCUUCGUUGCUGCAGCAGCAGCAGCAACAACCGCAGCAAAAUCAGGAGCCGUUGGCUGUAAUUGCAGCCGCUGCCGCUGCCCAACAACCCAUGGCCACCUAUUUCGUGCGACAACCCCAGCAACAACUAUCGCCACAGCCGCAAGCCGUGGUGACCCAACAGCAAAAUGUUGUAACCCCACAACAGCAACAGCAGCAACACUUCCUGCAACAGAAACAACAACAACAUCAACAGCAGCAGCAACAAAUGGCAGAUGAGGCUAGAAUGGCAGUGAGUGCUUUGCAAACUCUGCAUGCUGCCCCCACUUCGCAUAUAGUGACGCCCAUCAAAGUGGCCACAGUGCAGCAACAACAACCGCAGCCUCAACAUCAGCAGCAAACUCACCAGCAGCAAGUACAUCAACAGCAAAUAGUUCAACAACAACAGCAACCACAACAACUUCAACAACAAUCGCCGCAACUGAACUACCCUCAAUCGCCGCAACGGCAGCAAAAACCUCAGUCGAUGCAACAUCAGCCGCAGAUAAUCUUUUCAAGCGGAGCUCAGGCAAUACCGGUGACCACGCCCACGAAAUUAAGUUCACCCACAAAGAGUGUGGCGCCUGUGAUGAGCAACAACAACAACAACAGUAGCAUAAAUAUCGGUGCCCAAGCAUCGGUGGUUGGGGGAAAGAAAACACCUGCCAAGCAGCAGCCACAACAACCAUUGACUCCGGUUUCUGGCGCCACAAUUCCAGCAGCAACUCCUUCGCCAGCCGAGUCCAAAGAGGAUGAUGUAUCGUCCAGUGUCACUACGACUCCAACCACUCGCACGCCGGCCAAGGAUAAGCCGAAACAGUCGCGUGAGGAUCGCAAGUUGGAAGCCAUCCUGCGAGCGAUUGAGAAAAUGGAGAAGCAGGAAGCUCGCGGCAAGAAGGAGACACGUCAGAGCAGCGGUGGCAAGCGGCAGGCGAGCAACUCGCCCGCCUCGCCCAACAAACGGGGCAGCUCCAAUUCCAUCAGUGAGGAUGUGGACACGCCAACUAGUUCUGCCUCCUCGGCGGCUGCUGCCCAGCGAAGGAAUAAGAAGAAGCGUAAAGUGAGUCGCAGCUACAACAACACCACGAAUGGCAUGGGCUCAGGCGGGGGCAGCAAUAACAAGCGGAGGAAGAGCAUCCUGGUGGAAUCCGAUGGUGAUUCGCAUGCAUUGACUAACUCGGAAUCGGAGGAUCAAGUGCAGUCACAUCCACAUCCGCAGCACAGCAGAUCAGAGGAUCAGGCGGCAGGUCUUCUCCUGGCAUUGGCCCACAACAACAAUGCCUCCCCCAAUGAGUCAUUCAAAUCGCCCUCAUCGCAAUCGCAUUCUCUACCCGCAACUCCGGCCUCCGUGAGCAGCGCUUGCCUGCUGAUCGAAGCGGCCAUGGGCCCGUUGGAACAGCAACCGGCGACAGCAUCACCCUCCCUGGGCGAAUUUAAGUUCCCGCCCGGCGGGGCCAAGACCAAGAAGACGCUUAUGUCCAAUUGGUUCCAGCAGGCGGAACAAUGCGAGCAGCAACACGCCUCCGGAUUGGACAGCCUGGUGCAGGCGGCCAUGAGUGAGAUCAACGGCGAACGCGAGCAGCUGCAUCACCAGGCCCAAGGCCAGUCCAAUCUACUCAAGGUGGAACAGUUCAUCCAUCAGGCGGAGUCGACCACUGCGGUCACUGCUCGCGAGCAACUGCAUCUGCCAUUGCAAAACAACUCGUCAGUGAAGAAGCGCUGGCUACGGCAGGCCAUUAGCGAAGAGACCACUCCGGUUGACGAACUGCAGCAGCAGCAGCAGCAGCAAAAUCAGUCUGCAGCUGCCACGCCCUCGCCUCAGCCGGUGCCCACGGUGUCGCCUCUGGCGAACGGAUUCGGUACGCCUCUGAAGAAGCGGCGUCUGGUGGUGAUCAGUAAUGGAUCGAAUGUGGAAGCCGAUGAGCCGCACAUCGAUGUUAUCGGAGACCCCAAGGAGGAGGCAGAGGACAAUGUCGUGAUGCCUGCACUGAAGGUGGAAACAGAACACCAACACAACCAGGAGCAGGACGACGACGUGGACAUCCUACGUUCGCCCAGCCCGGGAACUCAUCAAAUAGUCGCCGAGGAUAAUCUCGUUAAGAUCGAACCCGAGGACACGAGUGCGGCGGCCGAUGACGUCAAGAUCGAUGUGGAACGCGAGGAGAGCCAGGCCUGCGACAAAUUCGAGGAGAUGGUCAAGGUGAAGCGCGAAGAGGAGGAGCAACGUGAGCAGCAAAACCAGCAGCUGCAAGAACGCCAGGAGCCACAGCUUCAACAGCAACCCAAAGUUGAAAUCUCUGCAGUGGAAACGAAACUGGAAAACACCGUGGUCAAAGCGGCUCUCAAAGUGGAGACAACACCACCAGAGCUAAUGGCACCCAAAGUGGAAGCGGCGAAGGUGGAGCCCAAGCCGGGCGAAUCCCUGCUGCGCCCCACAGCGAUUUCAGUUGCAGCGGCCGCAGCAACAACCGCGGCAGCAACUCUGCUCGAUGUGGGCAAAGUGGUUGUCAAGACUAAGCCAACACCACCGCCUCUUAAGCUGGAGGAUGAGCCGCAAAAGAAGAAACCCAAAUUGGAGGCAGCACUACCAUCAACUACAUCAACUUCAAUUGCAGCUCCGCCACUUUCUGGACUAUCCAUGCCAGCAGCAGCCACAGCGACGACGACAACAACAACCAUGACUGCAUCGGCAACUGGCGCUCCGAGUACCAAAAAUCUCACCGAGCUCGAUAUACAAGAACGAUUGCUCUCCUUCCAUGCAGCCAACAUUUCCUUCCUUCAGUCGAGAAACAAGAAGGCUACCACCGCAGUCUCGUCAUUCACUUCCUCUUCCGCUCAGAAGAGCAAUAGUAGUAGUGGUGGCAGUGGUGCAGAGUCGAAGAAAUCCUCCAAGGAUAAGGACGAGAAGCGCGACAAGGAGAAGCAGUUGAAAAAGUCCAAGAAGGAUAAAAAGAAGUCCAAGGAUAAGGAGAAGCAAAAGGCGGCUGCUCAUGCAGCACCACAAAUCGUUGAGACGAAGAAGAAGCCAUUGUUGCCGGCAAAGUCAGAGAGCAAAUCCUCGCCAGCGCCGAUCCUAGUGCCACCUAGUGUGCCAGCUGCUACGGCGAACGGAAAGACCAAGCACAUGACGCACAACAAUGUGGAUCAGCAACAGCAGCUGCAGCAGCAGCAGCAAAUGAGGCGUCGCACCAUGUCCAUGUGCAUCACCCCAGUCACACCCACUCCGGUGUCCAUGGCCGCAACACCGCUGGGCACGCCGCCAACAACUAAAAAGCGUCAGACCAACUUUGAGCAGGAGCUGACCAAGCCAAACAGCCAGAUCCUGAGCAGCAGCAUCCUACUGAACAGCAGCAAAGGUUUGGGCCUGCCGCUGGCCACGCCUACAGUUGUGGGCAUGCCCACGCCUAUUCAACAGCAGCAGCACCGCAAGGAGAACAACCACCAGGAGGCGACACCCGCCGCGAGUGGCGGAGGCAUGAGUCUGGCGGCUGCCAUUGCUAGCGGCAAACUAACUGCCAUCAGCCGGCGGCGGGAGUCCAUGUGUGGCAGCCGGCAGCAGGCGCUCAUUGCGGCCGCCUUGAAGAAGGAAAAGAAGGAGAAAAAGAAGAGCAAGAAAAAGGACCGCGAGAAGCAGAAGCACGAGAAGCAAAAGGGCAAGGACAAGGAAAGGGAAAAGGACAGCAAGGAUGGCAAGCAGAAGACGAACCACAUACAGAAGGCGGCUCUUUCGGCUCCAGUCACUCCCAGCCCGACACCAAUUUCCAUUCCGACAGUCACUCCAGUUGCAAUUCCCACGCCCCUAGUGACGCCCAAGGCUGCCCCCAUCCCCGUGUUGAUAACCCAGCCCACGCCGACAGCGAUCCAUCCCGUUCAACCAAUUGUCAACAAUUGCACCACCAAGGUGGCGCCGUUGCCCUUCUACAACACCAUCUACGGCAAGUUGCAGGAUCCGCCGGCACCGAGCAGCAUCGCCAGUCCCGCCACCACCAACACUAUGCCCAGUCUGGCCGAAUAUCUGGAGUCUACAAAAGCCUCCAAGGCUUUACCGGCCGCAUCGCCGGUAGCCAAAGCCGCCAGUGUGGCAGCAGCAGUUACGCCAGUUGCUGGCACCCCAGUUGCAGCUGCAUCCGUUGAAAUGCCACCUCCGGCAACCACACCACUUAAGUUGUAUACACGGACUGCCAGCCAUGAUCCGCGCCUGAAUCCCAUGCUCACAGUUCCGGAUCCCAUGCCCAUGCCGAAACGAAAGCUCUCCAUCAGCGAGUACCGGAUGCGCCAUCGUCCCUCGGUGGACACGGCUCCGACCACGCCCACAACACCCACCACGCCGACAACACCCACCACGCCAACGGGCACGGGCAAGGAUCGUUGCUUCGCCAAGCCGCAGACCAUUAACAAGUGCUCACUGCAGUCGCCGGAGCGCUACCAGGCGGCGAUUCGAGAGCGGCGUAACUCGAUUAGCGCGCAUCACCAUCCACAGCAAAACGUAAGCCUAAAUCUGAACAACAACAAGAGUAGUUGCAUCAACAGCAAGGGCGGAACGAGCAGCGGUAAUCAUUUGCAGCAGGCGUUGGGCGUUAGGAUGCCCAUCAAGAAUGCGAUUAUUGAUCCGGCGGCCACCACCUUGAGCACGGUGAACAGCAUCCUGAGCACGGCUCAGAAGCUGCACAUGUUUGAUGACAAACCAAAGGGUGGCCACUUCAAUGCCGCACCCACACUACUCGAGCAGCAGCAGGAGAAGAUGAGCGAGCGAUCGCGGUGCUUGCAGCGGACCAUUUCUUGUGACUCGCGGGUUAUCGAGCGAUUGGGCUCAGGCGCAGCUGCUAGUGCCUUGGAGAAAGUGACCACGGCAGCAGCCAGGCGGGAUGGCUUAUAAAAUGUAAACCAAACAACAAACGGAUGAUAACCAAAAAAACUGUUUUCCAGUUUUAAAACAACAAUGCAAUACAACAUCAACGAAGGCCACUAAACAGCAGAUUGAUUCCAAUUUUCUCUAUUAGAUACUCGCGCUUUCCUUAACCAAACAUCAAAAACUACCCGUUCUUUUACUUUAAACGCUAAAUUGUAAAGAAGAAAAUUACAACGCGCAUAUAGUAUGGGCAGCAUAACUGUAAUAUGUUGUCGAUUGAGGUGAGAAAAGACGAUGCAAUCAAUGUACAUUACAAAAAGGAGAAGAAAAUUUGCAUAGCAAAAAAAUUGGGAUUUCUUGAAGUGGAAGAUAAAAGUUCUACUAAACUACUUAGUUAUUUAAUAGUAUCGUUUUUGUCACAGCAAACAAGCCGCUUAAAUUACUUACAAGCAACAAAAAUACCAUAUAUAUGCACAUGUAUAUGCUAAACACCUAUAAAUAGAGCCUAUGUAGCGCGAUAUAAGCAUAAACUUACAUAGCACAUAGAGUACAGAAUAGGCAGCCAAAAUUGAAGUUAUAAAGAUGUUAGAAAGCACUCUUGGACGGUUAAGUAAUUGAAUAUGUAUUUUUAGUUCUUAAGUUCAUUCAACCUAGAGAACAGUUUCGUUAUAACAAUUACAGAGGAGCCUAAAGUAGAUGCAGGGAGUAUCCAUCUGUACAUAAUUUAAUUUGUGUAACUUUCGUUUAAAUUUGGAAAUACUUGUAAUCGUAGUAAUAAAAGAAAAAAAAAACUAUAUUAAAACCAGUAAACUACAAUAUUUACCCAGAAAAAAAUACAAAUCAGCCAGUCUUAAAAAUGCAAGCAAUAUUAAAAAUCCAAUAACUAGAAAGAGAUCUUGGCAAAUAAUAUAAAAUCAAAAACGCUAUCAAGACCAAGAAGACAGAAUCCGGGACUAAAAUCAAUGUAUAUAAUAGUUUUAAAUAUCCAAAAGCAACCAAAAGGAGAAAACAAAAAAUACUUGUUAUCGUGUUAGGCAAGUAAUGUAAGUUAAAAAGAGUACAAAGCGAGGGUUAAUUGAAUGAAAUUAAGCUAAUCGAACGUUAAAAUAGUGUAAAUAGAGGCAAAAACAGCAAGUUUCCGAAGCCAUUUUCGUAAUCAGACGUACUUUUAUUUUGUAUCUUUCCCGAAUUUUCCGUAAAAUAUAAUAAUCACAAAUUAUUUAGUAAAAUACUAUUGCAAAAUUCAAUAUAAUUUGUAUAGCUUGUCACUAGGUUUAUUCUGAUUAAUGCUCACCGAGGGAUGUGUCCAAAUGCUUAAUUUGUUCAGUAAUAAAUUUCUUGACCGUUUUUGAUGCAUUCCUUGUUGCAGCAUUUUUCUGUUGUACAUUUAAAGAAAAUCCUAAUUUGAUUUCUUCCAAGACAUGAACACAAAAUUUAAUUUGGGUUGUUUUAAAAUCCAAUAAACUAAAAAAACUCAUUUUGACCCUGUGAAAAAAUUAUUUGACGUAAUCAAUUCAGAUAGAAUUUGUUACUGAUGAUAGCUGACACCCAAUUAUUUAUAAGUUGGAAAGGUGUUCACAAAUCUGUUUUAGGGAAAAUAUGGGAAAUUAGUAUACAUUUAACUUUGUACAUAUGCAAUUUUAUUUCUUACAUUAACCAUUUAACCAAAUUAUGCAGGUGGUCUUUGGCAAAGCGCUCUUUGAGUUUAAUUUAGUUUUUAUUUUUGUAAAUAUGCAUAUGCCACAUUAAUUAUGUAAUCGAAUAAGUGUAAAAUAUUUAACUGGAUUCUACUAAGCUGAUUUUAUGAAACGUAUGUUGUUACUUUUUUUUUAGCGCUGUACAAUACAAACCAGACCUAUAUUAAACCUAUUUAAAGUAACUUAAAAAAUAUAAAUAUGGAUGAAAAGUUCGUAGUUUUCGUAAUACAGUUUUUGAUAGUUCUAGCAUAAAACGCAAACGAAAUUAUUUAUACCUUAUUUGAAAGAAAAAUACCUACUCGUAAUAAUUUUUACUCUACACCUAGAUUCUUUGUAAGUGCGAAUUUGAAUUGUAAGUUUAAGAAUAGUGGUUUUAGCCAUAAGGUACCUUGGUUUAACUGAUGUAAAUUAAAUACGUUAAUUGUUUACUAAACACAAACACAAGCAUGCCUAAAGAAGAAGGCAAAUAAGCUUCGUCUGUAAAAUACAUUACAAAUGAAUUCAUAAGAUUCUUUAACAAUAAACAAAAAACCGAAAAACAAAAAUAAAACGAAAAUAAAAUGAAAAUAAA